UUUAGUUGGCAAAAUGUUUUGUAUCGCAUCAACGUAAUAUUCAACGGAAAUAAGUGGGCUAGCAUUCUUUGCUAUUGAAUUUAUGCCAAAACGAAAAGUAAUGUUUGUGUUGUAUAUUUGUUCGUAAUAAAUUAUUAAAUUUUGUUAUUACUUGUUUCAUACCGAUGGACUGCAAAAUAUUUAAAAUCGAUUGACCUUUGUUUCCUUUGUAUUUAACCAAAAAAGAGAUUGGUGUUAUUGUAUUGAAGUGUUGUAAAGUAUAACUUAACAUAAAAUAUGAAUUUUGGAUUUGAUGCUUCAAAAGCUCAAGGCAAUGCCGCAACCACGACGAAUGUGGCCACACCAACAGGUUUUACAUUUGGCAUUACUGGAGCUGGUGACGCUGGUAAACAAAUACCAUCUGGGUUAACGGUAACACCAGUUCAAAAUAAGCCUGGUGGUCUUUUCGGAUCUGGAAUAACUACUCCAGGUCAAAGUACAGGUUUUACUUUUGGUACUACUUCAAGUACUUCUACACCUACCAUCGGAGCAACGUUCGGUAGUACUGCAACAAUUACUCCGACUACUGGAUUUGGCGCAUUUGGUGCAUCCACAUUGGCUAAUUCUACAACAAAUGCUAACACUCCUAAUACUGCAGCACCUACAGGCUUUACUUUACAAGUACAAACACCUACAGUGCUUACAGGCGCAGAAGGUGCACAAACUUCUGCUACAACUGGUCUAACUUUUGGAACACCAAGUUCUGUGACACCUAGCACUACCGGGUUUAAUAUCGGUGGUAUUACAACUACCGCGACAACUACUACCACACCUACUUUUACUUUUGGAAAUGCGACUACAACGACGCCCACCGUCACAGGAUUGUCUCAAGAUGCAGCAAAAACAUCUACAAUACAAACAGGAUUUACGCUCACGCCAUUCACUACAGCAGGAUUUGGAAUAACUAAUACACCUGCUGCUACCACAGCUACAGGAUUUUCUCUAAACGCUGCAACAACGACUUCUGCUGUGCCCAUUUUUACAUUUGGUACAACCGCGUCGAGCACCACUGGUUUUAUGCUGAACAAAACAACCUCUGUUACUGCACCUUCAAACGUUGCAACUGUCACUACUCAUACCACUUUAGGAACUACAACCACAGUUAGUUCCUCUGCUAAUGCUGUACAGCCAGGAGCUAUUAACUUCUGUCAACUUGAAGAGUCCAUUAACAAAUGGACUUUGGAAUUGGAAGAACAAGAAAAAGUAUUUGUAAAUCAGGCAACACAAGUUAAUGCAUGGGACAAAUUACUUAUAACCAAUGGAGAAAAAAUAGUAACUUUGAACCAAGAAGUUGAAAGAGUUAAGCUUGAACAACAACAGUUAGAACAUGAAUUGGACUAUGUUGUUGGCCAACAAAAAGAAUUGCAGGAUUGUUUAGUACCUCUUGAAAAAGAAUUGGCGUCAUUAUCUGUCUCGGAUCCAGAAAGAGAAUAUACUUAUCGUUUGGCAGAAAGUAUUGAUACUCAAUUAAAACAAAUGUCGGAAGAUUUAAAAGAGAUAAUAGAACAUCUAAACGAAGCCAAUCGAAUUCAAGAUUCUAGUGAUCCAAUUGUACAGAUUGGCAAGAUUUUAAAUGCACACAUGAACAGUUUACAAUGGCUUGAUCAAAGAACAGCUCUUCUAACUCAGAAAAUACAACAGAUCGAUCAAAUGCAUCAAAACUUUAGACAAGAAAACGAACGAAGUUUUAAUUUAGCUUAUAAUUAAUUAUACUAAAUGUUUUUUUUUUUUUUACAUGUCUAUGAUUCAUUUCUGAAACAAAGAAACAAUCAUAUCUUAUAUAUUUUUGAAGAGGACUAAGAAAAAAAAUUUGAUUUAAAAAAAAGAGGAAAAUAAAUAUACUUUUUAUUUCAUA